AUGGAUAGGGGAAGAACUAAUGGAAGGAGAAACAACGAUGUGAUGAACGCACUGAGAGAAGGGAACAUAAAAAAUGAAAAUGUAGACGAACAUCAAUUCUGGACUAACAUCGACAAUCAGUACUUCUCCAAUUUUGACAAGAGAUUAAUUUCUGCCUUUGAGGACCACAUCAAAUGCACAGAUUACAUAUGUAAUAAAAUAAAAAACAAAAAAAUUAAUAAAAAAAUUUUCCAAAAUAUUAACUGUUACACCAGUUCAGUAAAAAUAAAAUUAAAUCCAAGUGAAAGAAAUAAUGACACGUCCAACAUUACCGAUUACAUUUCUCAAAAUAAAAAUCUGAUUUUUAAAAACGAACAGGAUGAAAAGGGGAACGAAAAUAACCAAGCACUUAUCCCCUUUGUGGAUAUUGUAAAUGAAAUAAAAAAGGAGGAAAACAUUUUAGGCUUUAAUCCAAAAAGUUACGCGUACGACAUUGAUAAAAAAAUUACCAAUCUUGAAAAUUUCACAUCAUGUGAAGAAAGAAAAAGCAUUAUCGAAUUUAUGCCAAUGGCGAGAAAUGAAUUCUUAUUGAAUACUUUGCAUCAUCAGAACUUGAGGAAUGGUCAUCCUGGUGGUUUCCCCUUCAGUAUGGGCAGAAAUUUGAGCCAUAUUCACGCGAGUAAUUUCAAGGAAAACAAUUUCUUCAUGAGGGCACUCCCCAUGCCAGGUCCUCCUACCCUCCUUGGAAAUGGCCACAUGCUUGACAUUCAGGAGAAUUUCAGAAAUGGCCAUCCGCACAAUGUAGAGAAUUUGGGCUACAUGGUUUCCCCACCCUUGGGUGCUACUCACCAUUUGAGCGUAAGGAAUGCGAACACUCCCUUUGUGAAUAUAGUCGAUAGCAGUGUUAGUCAUGGCGUAAACAACAAUGGAAGUGGCCACUUGUCCAAUUACGCCCAGUUUAAAAAUACCUCCAGGGAAUCAGGUGUGAUGUCAGAAUUUAAGAAGAUGGGGAAGGGGGUGGGGGAAGUAGAUGCUGGCUCGACUCCAAGCAGCGCAUCCCCAAUUACAGAUGUCGUGUCGACAAUUAACGAUCGGAAAGUUGGCAAACUGGCAGAGGACGCGAAUAACGGUGCAAAAAAUAAAGAGCACCAUAAUGACACGAACGUGCACGUUAAUCCAGGAAUUGGAAGCACAAAUGCGAGUCUUCUCCCGAAUGGCAGAAAUGACUCGAAUAAUUUAAUGGGUAACAAAUUGAGCGAAGCAAACAAGGCAAGCCUUCCAAACAGCAACGUCCUCCACCCCUUUAACGCAGAAAAUGCGAACACAGGAUGUAACAACGAACUAGCUAACCACACGAAGGGCUGUAACUUAUCUAACCCAAGCAUGGCGAACCAUUUGGGGGAGAAUUUGACCGGUGCCAAUUUUGACUCGACGAAAAUACGGGGCAACAACGGCGGGAGGAAUCAUUUGGAUAAUCCAACCGGCCAGAACCGACUCGAAAAUUUCAACAACAUGAAUAACAUCCAAAAAUUUGAGGCUUUCCCUAACAACUAUCCAUUCUUUAAUAACUGCUUUGGUAACAACAACUCGCUCCACAAAAUGAACGGUGUGGGUGUUGGUGGGGGAAUGAACAUGAGUGUGAACAUGCCCAUGCAAAAUAACAACUUUUUACUGAUGAAUAGCCAAUUCGACAACAAGAUGAGUGAAGAAAUGAACAUGUUCCCUUGUGCACUUUCCGAUAUGACUCGUGGUAUAUUUAAUCCUGCGAACAAGGGAGCAGGGCUCAAUGGCCCUCAAGGCGACAGCUACAGUGGGGGUAAGAAUGGGGAAAAAUCUGGUACUAAUGUGAGCAACGGUAAUCGGAGUUACACCGAAAAAUUGGGGGCCAGAAAUCUUCCCAAUUUUGGAAACACGCAAAAUAAUAAAAGCAUAAUAAAUUUUGAGCAUCUCCACAUGAACAGUCGUAUGAGUCAUGGAAUUGAUGAACACUCCCCGAUGUUCUUUGACAAGCAGGGAAACAAUAAAUUUCCGACGCAGAAUUAUCCCUUUUCGAAUAGCCAACUCAAUUUAAACAACGGAAUUGGUUCUUACAAAAAUGACGUGUUGUGUGGUAAACAGUUUAUGGGCCCCCCUCCUCCAAUGUAUGGUAAAGGGUUUUACCAUCAAGCUGAUUUGAUGAAUUACGAAAAUGUGAUGAUGUCACAUAGGGGUGAAGGUAACAUGGGAGAUCCUUACGACCAAUCGCUUAAAUCUAAAAGUGCAAAAGUUUCCUCCAAAAAGGGGAGUGAAACGAAGUUGAAAAAAAAUAUCGAAAACUAUGAACAUUCCAAGUCGCAGAUGGAAAAGGGGACGACUCUCUCCAGAUCCAGUAGAACGAACAAGCAGGACUCCAACUUCUUUAACCCCUUUUUGAAUAAGAAAUACGAUGGAGUUGGUAGGCUGCCCUAUAUUCAGAACAAACCUGUGCCCAACGGACUCCACAUCUCGAUUUAUAUUCCCAAGAAUUACGACUUUAGCGAAAAGAUCGACGCGGAUGGUGAGAACCACGGAGAUGCAGAAAAGAGCAACGGUGGGGAGAAAGCCUUUGUGAAGCGAAACAGCGGUGUGCAUGGAAACGGAGGUAAGGAAGAACAACCGUCUAAGGAGGAAGAGGACCUACACGAGAAGGAAGCGCUAGCCAAAUUGCUUACCGAAAUUACUUUUGGCGAUAGAAGGAACAUACUGAACCCUAAAAUGUCCGUGCAAGAUAAGGAAAAAUGUUACAACAGCAUUUUGGAUGAAUUGAAGAAUUAUGCAUCCUUGCCAAUUAUUCUGGGCAAUAUUUUGCCAUACUGGGAAAGGCAAAAAAAGAAAAAUUUACUUUAUAAGGUAAAAAAUUUGAAGCUGACCAAUGCUAAGUCAAAAUACAUUCACAUCAAGAAUGUCAAUAAGAAGAUAGCAUGCAGGAGAAUUAGGAAAAGGAAAAAACGGCUAUCAGAAAAGGCAAAUGAUCCGGACAAAAUUGAAGAUGAAGUUGUGAACAAAAGUUUGGAUAACUUAGAGAAGGAAAAAUACAAAUUUGAUAAUAACACCAACAGCUUAGAACUGACCGACGCCGAGUUAAAGAAGGUGCACAACGAAAAUAAGGAUGACGAAUCUGCAAAUAAUGUGGAUAGUAGUGAAGCAAAGGAGGAGUCCAGUAAAUCGGAACAGGCGCAGAUAGAGCAUUCGGGCAGCGACGUGAGGGAGGAGCAGCAGAAGCAGCUUUCCCUCAGUGAGCAGGCUGUGGAAGAGAACACAGAUGCCGAAGCACAAUGGGAGGCUCUUUCAGUACCAAAACGGGGAGAAGUAGAAGAUAUAAAAGGUGAAAGAAAACAGUCAUAUAUACAAAGUGAAAAAAUAGAGGUUGGAAAAACUAACCUUUUAAGCGACACCAAUGAGGAUAAGCAUAGCCAUGCGGUUAAUAGCCAAAUGGAAGAAUCGUUAAAUAUUUGCCCUCCUAGUAACAUGAGCGAGAGCAAGGAAUCGCAGGAGCCGUUGCCCAAUGAGGGAGGAGCCUCUUGCCCAGUGAGCAAUCAAGUAGACCAUGGAGAGACUAACCGGGAAGAUCUUCCAUCCAAUAACACAUGCCGAGGUCAGAAUAACAAUUCGAAAGGAUCCCAAAAGAAAAAGAACCAAAGUGUUUACCGUGAAAAUCAGAGGAAAUCCCCCUAUAGAAAAAAAUUACUAUUGAAGAAGCAAAAUAAGUACUACAAAUUUCAGUUUCUGAGGAAGUUUAAAUUCUCCAUUCCGAAUAAAGCCACUGUGCCUUUUAAUAGUUCCAUUUUUUCGCUGCAAAGAAAUCAAUACAAAUCGAAUAUUUACUUUGAGUUUAUAUUAACAAAUAUAAAUCUGGAUAAAUAUCGAAAGAAUAUUUUGAAUGUGAACUACAACAACAGCAAUUCUAUGACGAAGAAGGCACGUGCUUAUUGUAUAAAUUUUAAUAAAUUAAAAAAUCGGAAGAAGAAACUAGUUAAGAGGAGUACCUCAGGGCUGGGCGAAAUGAAGCCGAGUAUUUCUUCCUCCUCUGGAUUGAAGCGGAAUUACAAGAAUGACCAGGACAGAGCUGCACGGUGUAUCUCCAGUGAUAACAACUCUCCACUUGGUGAACUGCACAAUGGGGGUGCCUCAGAAUUUGCAGUGGAAGCAAGCAGCAACGACGCAGGAAUUCUCUUGCCGGGGGAGAACAGUGGAAGCGCAGUCGUCAACUACACCAAUGAGAAGAACGUAAAAAACGCGAUCGACGCGAAAAGUGCGAUCGAUGCGAAAAACAUGAAAAACAUUAAUAAGGAAAUAUGCGUGCUCUUUUCCCGGUACGUGCACAACAUAAAGGAGCAGAGGAAAAUCCUGACCAAGCUGCUUGAUAGCAUAAAGAACGAAAAGAAGAAGCCGUACAAGUACUGGUACUCCAUUGAGGACAAAAUGAUCAACUUCUACAUCAAUGAGUAUUUAAAAAAUAAGCUCAAUACGAAACAUACGUAUACGCUAUCCAAGCAGAUUGUAGAUUUGCUAAAGUUAAGAAUAUUAAUUAGCAACAGCUCGCAGUUACCAAAUAACUGGACUGAAAAGGCCCUAUGCAACAUUUGCAGUUUGGGAGAGGAUUGGGAAGAUAACCCGAUAGUUUUCUGCGACUGUUGUUACACGCCCAUGCACUCAUUUUGCACCGGCUCCAGGAAUAUUAAAAAUUAUAACAUUGUUAAGAGAAGCUCACAGAAUUCGGACAAGAACGAAUCGGAGGGGCCAACUGGUAAGCAAAACGAAUCCGUUUGGGCUGCCAACAGUGCGAGUAAGAAAAGCGAACCCAAGAAGGUUAACCUUAACAUAAUAAAGUCGCUUCUUUCGGAUUGUUACAUCAAUUUUAAUUCUCCCGUUAGUAUUUUUACUGCCUCGAGAUGUGGCGAAGUCGGGGCAGAUUGUGAAAAAGGUGAAGCGAAAGGUGAAGAUGACAAAAAUGAGGUUAGCCACCAUGUCGAAAUGAAAGCCCCUUCGUGCAGCGACCAACACGGGAAUGGACUCAAAGUGGAGGGUACAAGCCAGCCAUCUCGCGAAGCAAUGAACGAAGGAGACGGCCCCAGUGGAGAAGUAAAUAAAAAUUCGAACCCAACAUCCGCAGGGGAAGGUAGCACUAAUGUGAAGAUCGAAAAAAUGGAUUCGCUAAAAAAUGAAGAGCAGGACGAGGCACCCAUUUUGAAAGAUCUCCUAAGGAGUAACACAAAAAAUGAGUUGCAAAAUAAGCAGAGCAACCUUUUGGAAAGGGGAGAGAUAACCACCCCCAACCCAUCCUACAUGAUGAACGGCACAAAUCUUGCAGCCACAAGUGGAAGUGCAGAAAAUAAUGCCAACCAAGAGAGUGCAAAAAACCCGGAGGACGAACAAUGGAUCUGCCCAUUAUGCUCCUACCUAAGGAAUCAAAUUUUGUUCAUCGAAGAUUCCACCGCUUUUAAAAUUAUCAGAAAUUUAAGUGGUCCAAGGAAAAAAAAAGAAAUUGAAUACUUAUCCAGAUCUUGUGAUGAAUUUGGUAACUCCUCCCUAGAUAUAAAGAACGAAUUGAAGGAAUACAACCCCCCACAGGAAAUCACCAUAAAUAAGAACAAUCCCAUCAGUGAGAUUUAUAAGCAUAAAUCAAUUUUGCUGCUGUUCGAUAUCGACAGGGAUGUUUCCAAUUAUAAGGAGAAGUACAAUACCGACAUUAAGGACUCGCAUGACUUUUUCGAGAAAGUCAUUUUGAAGAAUACCCAUUUGUAUAAGUACAAAAUAUUUUUCAAUUGCAUUAUUGUGAAUAAAGCCGUUCUCCAGGGAGCGGAGACAGAAGAAGGUAAACCUAAUAGUAGUAUCAGCAGUGGUCACCUGAUUGGCUAUGAGCAGGCAAUGCACACCUCCCAGGUGAAUGCACUAAAUCCUGAACAUCUUAAAAUGUUCCGACAGGAACCGUUCCUUAUAAACGAAAACUUGGAAGAAAGUGAUGCAGAUGAUUCAAAGGAAAAUGAAAAAGAAAAGGAAAAGGAUGGAAAGGGAGAUAGGAGAAGGAAGGAUAGAAAUUCGCAUCAUAGUAAAAUAUCGAAAAGAGAAUUAAAGAGGAGAAAUAGAUUGAGAGCUAAAAAGGGGAAUGCCAACAAGAAGAGUAGCAACACGAAUGAUGCUAAUACAAAUGUGGUUGUGAGAAAAAGAGGGAGACCUCUGGGAAGCACAAAAUUGAACAAAAUUAAGUUGCUUAGUAUGAAUAAUAAAAACAACAGUAAAAAUGAGGACAACAAUUUAGAAGCCACGCAUAGCACUUUGAGUCUUAAUAAUGGUCUUCAGAGCAGCCCCAGCUGUAACCUUAAUUUGUACCCGGUUAAUCAUAGUAGCCAUGUUAAGAGCGAAACGGACUGUGACGCAAAUCAGUAUGCGCAUCAGAAUAGCAACCAAGGAAUGAGCCAGCCCGAGUUCCGUCGCCAAGAAGAUAGCAACGACGUGGAUAUAAAAAUGAGUCUAAAAGAAAAAACACUUGUUGCACAAAGGUAUUUUAGCGAAACGAAUGCUGAUUUGUCCCACUUUAUCAAUCGCAAUUUCCCCUUUUAUGAAAACGACUCGGAUGAGAAUAACCUAUUGUUGAAAUAUAACUACAGCAAGAACUUCUCCUUCAUUUUUAAAAUCCCCACCUGCUGCAUUUGCGAAUUUGAUUCCUUCUACUUGGGGGGAGGUCCUAUCAAGAGAACCAAAAAGAAAAACCAGUGGUGUCACAUUCGUUGCGCACUAAUAAGCAACUGCGUAAUUAAUGACAAAAUUGAAAUUAGCAGUAGGGAUAAGACCAAGUAUAAAUGCUCCCUAUGCUUGAGGACCAACAACACGGGAAUAAUUAAGUGUAACAUUGCCGAAUGCUGUAAGUACUAUCACAUAUCUUGUGCCACUUCGUCCAAUAAGUAUCUCAUCGAAUUGAACGAAUCUAACAAGCUAGUUCUGUUUUGCUCCAACCAUUCACAGAGAAAAGCGCCGACAGAAAUUUUAAGGAAAUAUCAAAUCCUUCGCGAAAAAGAAUUUAAUAAAAAUAAAUUGGAAGACAAAGUAAAUAUGUCCAAAGUGUUUGACGCAUACAUUUUACAAUCCUACCUCAAAAUUAGUGACAUGAAAUUAUUCAAUUUGUUAUCCUUAUCAUCUCUCUCCAUUUUUGAGAAAUUUGUUUACUUUAACUAUGAUAAGUAUAGCCAGAAUUUGCAGUCUAAUAUAGGCGUUAUCGACGAUUUUAAUGAUUUGUACCAGGCGUUUGAUCAGCAUUUGUCCAAGGAGCGCAACGAUAUGAUGAGUGCCUUGUCGGAUUCAGGCAGGGUGAAAAGGAGGACCACCGUCCCCGAGGUGGAGGCGACCAGAGUGGAUAAUGAACGAACCAGUACGUCGCUUGCAACGGAUACCUUCGCAACGGAUACCUCCGCCACCGCCAUCGCAACCGCGCCCGAUGCGGAUGAGGAACAGGGAAAGAUGUUUUUGGAGCUGGAGCAGAAGAACCGAACGAAGAACACGGCCAUCGAUAUAUUCGACCUAGAAACGAUAAAUAAAAUUAGCAGCACAAAGUGCAACAACAUUAUAAGCAUAAGCAGCUUCAAAAAUAUCUACAACGAAAACAUGCUGGAUGAAGAUUCUCUCCUGAAAUUACUGACACAUGAUUUCUUGUACAUGCAAAAGGAUUUACAAGAAUUGAACAGUGCCAUACUGAGUGAUAAGUAUAAAAAGUUAAAGAACUUUGAAAAUAUUUUAUUACUGUAUCCUCAUUUUAAUGAUUUUCAAUUGAGGAGGCUAUCGGAGCUUAUCCUGGAGAAAUAUCACAUCAAUAUUGCGAAUUAUCAGGAUGACGAUUCUUUUUUUUCCUUUUUCCUUCAUUUUCUGUCCUUGUUGAAUAAUAAAAAUUUAAUGUUGUGCAGUGUGUGCUUAUCCAAGUCGAAUUACUCACAGAAGGGGAGGGAUGAGAAGAAGUCCGGAAGCAGGGGAGACACGUGCGCUCUGGAAGAAGGAAAUAGUAACAUCACUGGGAAUGGUGACCAGGUUAGCUCCACUGUUAGAGGUACAAUGGGUGGAAACAACAGCCACGAAAAUAGCAACUACACCACUUACGGAUCCAACCUGAGGGAACAUCUGGAGAAUAAAAAGGAGCGCAGAUUGGGCUCUCUCAGUGUACUGAAGAAAUGCUCCUUGUGUAAUGUGUUCAUUUGCUACUUCUGCUGCCACAGAAUGAACAUCGACAUUAUUAAGAAUUACCUAAACGAGGGAGUGAAAUGUAAGCCGCCCAGCCAUGCAGUUGUGAAAGGGAGAGAACGCGUUAGAAACCCUACGCGCUCCAACAAAGUCGGAAGACCAAGCAAAAACAAGCAUAAACCGCACACGGAUGACACGACAAAUUAUAAUGACAACGUGGCAGCAACGGAUGAAAAUAGUGAAAAAAAACUGGGAGAAUCGGUUAUUGUCGUUGACACGGAUAAAUUGGCCGUUGACACGUCGGAGGGGCCCCAAUCUGUGGAGAAACAAAAUGGAAGUAAAAAUGGUUCCAUCGAUGUAGGUGUUGAGGCGGAGGCAGUUGGUGCUGACGCUGCUAAUGCCGCUGAUGCCGCUGAUGCUGCUGACGCUGCUGAUGCUGCUGACGCUGCUGAUGCUGCCGAUGCUGCUGAUGCCGCUGAUGCUGCUGAUACCGCUGAUGCUGCUGGUGACGAGGGGGAGGAGGCUGCACAAAAUGGGGACGAACCCCAGGAGAGGAGAAAAUCUAAUGAUAGUAAACUUGCGGACCAACGCUUAUCGUCAAAAAUUGAGCAGGCAAAAGAACACACGCACGAUGUAGCCAAAAGGAAGGACAACGAUGCCGAUUUUGUGUGUCCGAGGUGCCAAUAUUUUCAAGUAAAAAAAAAAAUAGGCUUCUGUACGUACUGCCCCAGAUUAGAUGGAUUCUUAAACUGCUUUGAAGAUAAGGCCAAAAAGGAACUACUAUUUGUGCAUCCCAAAUGCUUAGAAUAUGUUAAUACAGCCUAUUGCAAAAAAAAUAACAUGAACGAAACGAAACCGGGGGCAAUUAAAAAGGUUUGUAGUUACUGUAGAAUUAAGCAUGGAAUAGUUAUCACGUGCAGUAACACAGACUGUGACAUGUCCUUUCAUAUUUCUUGUGGAAUUCUGUUAGGGUGCAAAAUGGACAAUUUUUUUGGUCGCGUUGAUAUUUACAAUCCUAAGAAGGCCUAUUGUUUUAAGCACACCUUCCAAUCAUGUAAAAAAAACACACUAGCAAAUUUUAUCAACACAAAUAAGCUGUUCUUUUUUGAGAAUUUUCUCGACCACCCCUUUAACCAUUUGUAUAAUUUCAUAAUGGGCACCUACAUUUUUAAGCAACUAAAUAAGAACUGCGUUAACCAUUUGAUGAAGCCAAUCAAGGUAGAGGAAAAUCCGUGCAUCAAUACCAUUUUCGAAAGGACGCAACUGAACGUUUUGAGGAAAGCUACCCAUCUCUUGUCGAAUGAUAUUAAAAAAAGCCACAAGAAGAAAACGGGUCUAGGUCACGACCUCGAUGAGGAGCAAGUUGCGGCGGGGAUCUUCCACAAUGAGGACAACACAGGUGGUAAUCAUGACAACAACAGCGAAACAUUUUUUCACAAAGAUUUGAAAUUCCUAAUUGAACACCACAGUAGAAACCCAUCCCAUGCUCAGAAGAACAUGCAAGUAGAGGAUGCACGACAUGGAACGAACCACAUUCCUGAUCGCAUCAUGGGAAAAAAAGGAGCAACAGAUAGUACUAACUUACCACAAGAUAAACGUAACGCACUGCAGAUAGAAUCAGAUGGUGCAAAAAAUCCUUUUGCUAUCGCUAGUAACAAUGGAAGAUUCAAAAACGACCCCUCAUUUGUUGACGACAAUGCAACAGAAAGCGCAGUCUCAGUGUUAUCCGAAAAUGAAACAGAAGAACUUCGGUCAUUUCAAAAUGUUUCCUUUUUUAACUCCAGGGCAUGUUCCCAAAUUAAUAACAUAGUGAGCAAUAGCUUUAUUCAUCAAGCGAGAAAGUUCUCUCCGAACCAAAGCAUGAUGAUGAUGCCGUAUUACAAUGGUACCAACAUGAUCCCCAAUAACACCUAUCCCUUUUUCGAUGCCAAAUGUGAGAACAUGAAAAACGCUGGACACUUGACCAAUCUUGGAAUUGUGAAAAGCAAUUCACAGGGGGUUCUUUCGGGAAAAAGUGAUAAGUAUAACCAAUUAGAACGAAAGAGAAAGAAAUAUCUGCUACAGCCGAAUGACGAAGUGGCAAAGAAGAAUUUUCUCAAUGAUGGCAGUCCGUUGAGUGUCAACCUAGAUAUGAAUAGCAAAGCGGAUGGAAGAAAAAGAAGGAAAUAUCGAAAAAAUAAAAACGGAAACAAUGAAAACAAUUUUGAAAAACCAAAUAUUACCAGCAACAUGUUAAGUGCACCCAGUGAGCUAAUAAACUCAACACAGAUGAACAGCAGCCGUACGCAGAACCCAAGUGCUGCUUCCCAGUUUGAUGUCAAUAUGAACAGUACGGCAUACCAUCUCAACGAGCUUAUCGUCAGUAAGGACAAACAUUCCGUGGAAAAAGCAAAAGGUACCAAAAAGGAAUUGAUGAAAAUGAACCAAAAUGAACUAAAGGAAGAAAAACCACAUACACAAAAUGACGAACUCAUAAAGGAGGAACAAAUUUACUGCCCAGUGUGCAAAUGCUUCUAUGAAGAACUGAGUGACGGUUCCCCAGCGGAUGGACUAAAUUGGAUUGGAUGUGACAAAUGUCAAAAAUGGUAUCACUGGAUCUGCUGCAAGUAUUCCAUUGACAAUCCCCCCGAUAUGGAAAAUGACUGGUACUGCAACACCUGCCUGAACAGCUGA